CGUCGGCGAAGUCUUUCGUGAAAAGGGAACGCUAGCGGAUGCUUCCACGCCUCGGUUCCGUGGUCGAGCUGCAACCCUAAGCUGAACUCGGAAUCGUAGAGGGAAGAGUCGCCUUUGGCGCUUCGAUCGGCAAGGAUGAACCGGUAAUUGAUCGAGAGAAGGCUGACACGAGGCGGAGAUCCACCAGUUUGGUGGCGCAGGGGGUGAAUUGCGUUCCGUGAUUGCCGGCGAUGGAAAGGUGGAAUUGGUUUUGCUGGAGCCAAGGAAUCGUCCCCUGUGCCAACAAUUUCGAGCCGGAGCCCCCCUUCUUCCUCCCUUCCCCGAUGCCUGAAUGGCCUCAAGGUGGAGAAUUUGCUAAAGGAACAAUAUGCAUUGGGGAACUGGAAGUGCUACAAAUUACUAAGUUUGAGUGCAUCUGGAAUUGUCUUUCCCCGAAAGAAAAGGGCAAAGGAGCUGUAUUCUACAAACCCUUGUUGAUACCAGAUGGAUUUUUCAGCCUCGGUCAUUAUUGUCAGCGUUGCGACCAACCUCUACAUGGUUCUCUUCUUGUUGUGAGAGAAAAUGCACAAUCUCAGCAGUUAACUGGCCUACCAGCUCUUGCGAAACCACUUGACUAUGAACUUCUCUGGAGUUCAGAUGACUUGCAAGAGGACUAUGAUUGUGGUUGCGGUUACUUCUGGCUUCCAAUUCCACCUGAGGGGUAUCAGGAAUUGGGCAUGUUGGUUACGAGUAAACGAAACAAGCCAUCCAUUGAAGAAGUUAGAUGUGUUCGAGUUGAUCUUACUGAUUCGAGCGAAGCUCAUGAAUUGAUGAUUGAUAUGGAGGCGAUUUUCCCACAUCUCCCUUGCCAAGUUUGGAAGACAAGACCUUCUUCUCGUGGAAUGUCAGAAACAGGUAUUCCUGUAGGGACAUUCUGUUGCAAUACCGACUCGAGUUCUCUAGACAUAUUGAGUGCUCAUUGUUUGAAGAACUUAGAUUCUUCUCUAAGAGGGAUGCCGAAUUUAGAGCAGAUUCAUGCUCUCAUUCAACAUUAUGGCCCGACUCUUAUGUUUCAUCCAAAAGAAGAUUAUUUUCCUUCAUCGGUUUCAUGGUUUUUCAAGAACGGUGCUACUCUCUAUAAAAAGGAUGUUAAAGCAGGAGAGAUCAUAGAUGCAAGAGGCUCAAACCUUCCGGAAGGUGGCCAAAAUGAUGGUGAAUACUGGAUAGAUCUUCCCGACGAUGGGGAUAAUUUUGUUAAGAAAGGGAACAUAGAAACUGCUAAACUUUAUACUCAUGUGAAACCAGCCCUAGGAGGAACAUUCACUGACAUUGCAAUGUGGAUAUUCUGCCCAUUCAAUGGCCCUGCUACAAUCAAAGUCGGAGUGGCAAACUUUCCGCUAAGCAAAGUUGGUCGGCACAUUGGCGAUUGGGAGCACUACACUCUCCGGAUAAGCAACUUCAAUGGUGAACUUUGGAGUAUAUAUUUUUCCCAGCAUAGUGGAGGGGAAUGGGUUGAUGCAUCUGGCUUGGAGUUCAUCGGAGGCAACAAGGCCAUAGUUUACUCCUCAAAGAGUGGCCAUGCGAGCUUCCCUCACCCGGGAAACUAUCUCCAGGGUUCUGAAAAACUGGGAAUCGGUGUCCGAAACGAUGCUGCUCGGAGCAAGUUUUUCAUUGACUCCAGCACUAGGUAUGAGAUUGUUGCAGCAGAGUAUCUUGGAGACGUCGUGGAGGAACCAUUCUGGUUGCGGUACAUGCGAGAAUGGGGGCCAACUAUAAAGUAUAGUUCUAGGUCUGAAAUCGACAGAAUUCUCAAUUUUCUACCCUUCAAUAUCAGGAAUACAGUGGAGAAUAUAUUCAACAGUCUCCCAGUGGAGCUCUAUGGAGAGGAAGGACCCACAGGACCGAAGGAAAAAAACAACUGGGUAGGUGAUGAAAGAUGGUGAACCAGACUCCUUCAGGAAUACAGAUUUCGAAAGUUUUAUUCAGCAUUUGCUUGCAUGUCGUUAUAGAGAUUUCUAGGGUAUGAAAUUAGGUUUAGUACUAUAUUAGUUUACCAAAUGAGAGUUGUGGCGCGUCCAUCUUGCAAAGUUCAUAGUUGGAUGUAAUUUGCCUAAUUGUCCAUUAAGCAUUGCAUUAUUGCGAUGGCGAUAUGAUUUAUGGUCAGCACAAGGGUGGCUUGAGCAGAUAGAGUCAUUGACGACUUAAGUUUUUAGAUCAAAAUCUUCUCAUGCCGAGAUUGUUUGUGAAUGGAUAAGAUACAUGUAGAUGGUCAAGCAGCCCAGAUUUACAGCUUCUUGCGUAUUAUGAUAAUUUGAUCACAUUGUAAUAUAGAUAUUAUAUGUACACUAUUGGAAAUUGAAUACUGUUCUUGGUGAUUUUAUCCCAAGUUCUUGUUUUUCUUUCAAUACAAAAUUUUCAAUUACAUUGUUUUGAA